GCGCGAGUUGUGGAGCCUCGCAGUAACUCCAGUGGAUUACAUACUACUGUCUCUAUUAUCAGAUGACACAGAAAGGUUAAGUAAUCUACGCAAUAUCGCACAGUUACUUUGUAGCAAAACCAGGAUGAGACUCCAGAAAUGGUAACUCCAAAGCACUCACUCUGAGAAGCGGAACACUUGACUGGGCCUCAGCACCAGCUCACACCAUGUGGACCGCGGAUGAGAUUGCGCGGCUGUGUUAUGAGCACUAUGGGAGCAGGCUGCCCAAGCAAGGGAAGCCUGAGCCCAACCGCGAGUGGACGUUGCUCGCAGCCGUGGUGAAGAUACAACCUACAGCUGACCAGGCCUGCGACCGCCCUGACAGACCGGUGCAAGUGACAAAGGAAGUUGUCUCAAUGGGAACAGGAACCAAAUGCAUAGGCCAGUCCAAAAUGAGGAAGAGCGGAGACAUCCUCAAUGAUAGCCAUGCUGAGGUCAUAGCCAGAAGGAGUUUCCAAAGGUACCUUCUCCAUCAGCUCCACUUGGCAGCCAGCCUGAAAGAGGAUAGCAUCUUUGUCCCAGGAACUCAGAGAGAACUGUGGAAACUCAGACCAGACCUCUUGUUUGUGUUUUUCUCCAGCCAUACACCCUGUGGGGAUGCCUCCAUCAUUCCAAUGCUUCAGUUUGAAGAUCAGCCUUGCUGUCCUGUCAGUAGAGAUUGGGCCAAUAACCCAUCAGUAGAAGCUAGUGAUAACCUAGAAGCUCCUGAAGAUAAAAGGAAAUGUGAAGACUCAGAUAGUCCUGUGACCAAAAAGAUGAGGCUUGAGCCCAGGACUCCUGAUGGUAUGGCUCACCAUCAGAGUUUUGGCAACCAGGAAAGUGGCCCUAAUUCACCAGAUGUCAGCAGCUCUAAUCUCACUGCAGAGGAACCAGCCGCUGUCACUGGAAUGGCCCCCGGUGGCGCCAAAGUGGUGGACGUUUAUAGAACUGGAGCCAAGUGUGUGCCUGGAGAAGCUGGAGACUCAGGGAAACCUGGUGCUGCCUAUCACCGGGUGGGGCUGCUCCGAGUGAAGCCAGGCCGGGGGGACAGGACUUGCUCCAUGUCCUGCAGUGACAAGCUGGCACGGUGGAACGUCCUCGGAUGCCAGGGGGCACUGCUGAUGCACUUCCUGGAAGAGCCCAUCUACCUGUCAGCUGUGGUCAUUGGGAAGUGCCCGUACAGCCAGGAGGCCAUGCAGAGAGCACUGAUUGGGAGGUGUCAGAAUGUCUCAGCUUUACCCGAAGGCUUUGGAGUUCAAGAAGUGAAAAUACAGCAGUCAGAUUUACUAUUUGAACAGAGCCGCUGUGCAGUACAGGCAAAAAAGGCUGAGAACCAAGGCCGACUUGUUCCUUGUGGGGCAGCCAUCAGCUGGAGUGCAGUUCCUGAGCAGCCACUGGAUGUCACCGCCAAUGGCUUUCCGCAGGGAACAACAAAGAAAGGAAUCGGACGCCUUCAAGCCAGAUCCCGAAUCAGCAAAGUAGAGCUCUUUAGAUCAUUCCAGAAGCUGCUAAGCAGUAUUUCAGAGGACAAGUGGCCAGACUCCCUCAGGGUGCAGAAGCCAGUGACGUACCGCGAGUACAAGGAGGCCGCGUCCACUUACCGGCGGGCCUGGAGCGCACUCCGGAAGCAGGCGUUUGGAUCCUGGAUCAGAAACCCACCGGAUUAUCAGCAAUUUAAAUGAGCAAAGCUUACUGGCAGCAGGGAGUUUUCCAUUCAUUCAUUCUGGACUGCCUUCUUCCUACAUGCUGGAUAAGCCUUAGGUUUUCUUGUGGCUGAUCAGG